AUUUCAUCUUCUUCGUAUCUUCCAAGUAAACGAAAAUUAGGCUUCUUAAAUACAACGACCUUCGAUCUCAUCCAAACUUUUUUGUAGCUUUUGUAGUAAAUCGAUCAACGGCAUAAUCAAUUUCGUCUGGGAUUUGCGUUAAUGGCGAUGAGAUUUUUUCAACUUCACCGAAAUCGUCUUGUGAAAGGUAAUUCUGGAAAAGCUCUCUCCUUUAGCCGCCUUUUAGAUCUUAGUUUCUGGGUUCGAGCUUUUUGUAAUUACCGAGAGAUUUUGAGAAAUGGUCUUCACUCUCUUCAGUUUAAUGAAGCUCUCGAUUUGUUCACUCACAUGGUUGAGUCUCGUCCUCUUCCUUCAAUUAUCGAUUUCACUAAGUUAUUGAAUGUUAUUGCCAAAAUGAAGAAGUUUGAUGUUGUGAUCAAUCUCUGCGACCAUCUGCAGAUAAUGGGAGUUUCACAUGAUCUCUAUACUUGCAAUCUUUUGAUGAAUUGUUUCUGCCAAUCUUCUCAGCCUUAUCUUGCCUCAUCUUUUCUUGGGAAGAUGAUGAAACUUGGUUUUGAGCCUGAUAUUGUCACGUUUACUUCUCUGAUCAAUGGGUUCUGUCUCGGGAAUAGAAUGGAGGAGGCUAUGUCUAUGGUGAAUCAGAUGGUGGAGAUGGGGAUUAAACCUGAUGUUGUAAUGUAUACAACAAUCAUUGAUAGUCUUUGCAAAAACGGGCAUGUGAAUUACGCGUUGAGCCUUUUCGAUCAAAUGGAAAACUACGGGAUUAGACCGGAUGUUGUUAUGUACACCUCUCUCGUGAACGGUCUUUGUAACUCUGGUAGAUGGAGAGAUGCUGAUUCAUUGCUGAGGGGUAUGACGAAGAGGAAAAUCAAACCUGAUGUAAUCACUUUCAAUGCAUUGAUCGAUGCGUUUGUGAAAGAAGGAAAGUUUUUGGAUGCUGAAGAAUUGUACAAUGAGAUGAUUCGUAUGUCUAUAGCUCCUAAUAUUUUCACCUAUACUUCAUUGAUCAAUGGGUUUUGCAUGGAAGGUUGUGUAGAUGAGGCCAGACAAAUGUUUUAUUUGAUGGAAACCAAGGGUUGUUUUCCAGAUGUAGUGGCUUAUACUUCUCUCAUAAACGGGUUUUGCAAGUGUAAGAAGGUAGAUGAUGCGAUGAAAAUCUUCUACGAGAUGUCCCAAAAAGGAUUGACUGGGAACACUAUCACUUACACUACUCUUAUCCAAGGUUUUGGUCAAGUGGGCAAACCUAAUGUCGCCCAAGAAGUUUUUAGUCAUAUGGUUUCUCGUGGCGUGCCUCCCAAUAUUAGGACCUAUAAUGUUUUGUUACAUUGUCUAUGUUAUAACGGGAAGGUAAAGAAAGCGUUGAUGAUAUUUGAGGAUAUGCAAAAGAGAGAAAUGGAUGGUGUCGCUCCCAAUAUUUGGACUUACAACGUCUUGUUACAUGGUCUAUGUUAUAAUGGGAAGCUAGAGAAAGCCUUGAUGGUAUUCGAGGAUAUGCGAAAGAGAGAGAUGGAUAUUGGAAUUAUUACAUAUACCAUCAUCAUUCAAGGGAUGUGCAAGGCUGGUAAAGUGAAAAAUGCUGUUAAUUUAUUUUGUAGCCUUCCUUCAAAAGGAGUGAAGCCUAAUGUUGUAACAUAUACUACAAUGAUAUCAGGAUUGUUUAGGGAAGGGUUAAAGCAUGAAGCUCAUGUGUUGUUUAGGAAAAUGAAAGAAGAUGGGGUUUCAUAAUUAGGUGACACCAUAGCAUAACUGAUCAUAGUGUUGAGGAUUCUCUGAUGAUGCUUCUUCAACUUACAGAGAAUGAUGGUGUAGUAGCAGUUUACACGGUCUUUGCGAAGCGAGGGUUUCGUGAAGCUGUGAGGUUGUUUUGUUAGUGAAAAUGAAGAAUGACUAAUUGAAUAGUGUUUAUUCCAGACAGUGUAUUGAACAAAAAGACUUCGUAAAGAAUGUGCAGAGAAGCAAAUGAGUUGGUAGACCACAAUUUGUAAGUUACAAAUUCAUAAGUUAUUGAACAGUAUAGGUUCCUUUAGACAGUGCACAAAGAUUGAACUGUAUUACGUAACGACAAAUUUAAGUAUAUUUUGGAGACAUGCAACCGAGAA